AUGCAGUUUUUGGCUGAUUUGGCCUCGGGUUACUUAUCGAAAUUGGAAUUGGAAAUGGUCAGUGGGUCAUUCCAAUGAAUAAAAAACGCGGAAAAUUGGGCUUUAGCACUUUGUUGUAAAUAACUGUGUUUGGGUUCUGGAAAACAAGUUUUCAAACUUGGUUUUGAAGGGGCUAAGAGGGGGGUUUAAGCCGAUUUGAACGUUUUUACAAUUUUUUAGGUGGGGGUGGGUUUAAAGGGUAAAAUUUGGUUUUUUUUGGUUUGUAAAGAAAGUUCUUGCAAUUUUUUGUUUUUUAAAGAAAGUUCUUGCAUUUCUCAUUAUGUAAAGAAAGUUCUUGCUAUUUUAAAUUGGAAAAAAAUUAACAAUUAAAAAUUUUUAAAUUUAAACACAAGUUUUCUCACAACCAAACGAAAUUUGUUGGGCCAAUUAAUGCGGCUCUAAUUUUGUCAAAAUUUAUAGCCCUAGGGACAUACGUUUUAAGCGUCGUGAUCGCUGCGAAAUCAAUCAUUCCUUGAGGUUUUUUCUCCCAGAGGUCAUUCCACAAGCUUUGGGAUUCGAAGGCUAAAACUAAGGCUAAGGCUAAGGCUAAGGCUAAGGCUAAGGCUAAGGCUAAGGCUAGGGCUAAGGCUAAGGCUAAGGCUAAAGCUAAAGCUAAAGCUAAAGCUAAGGCUAAGGCUAAGGCCAAGGCUAAUGCUAAUGCUAAGGCUAAUGCUAAGGCUAAGACUAAUGCUAAGGCUAAAGCUCAGACUUAG